AUGAGACGGACCCCCCCUGUGGUGCCCCACAACUUGGGCCUGGGGGACCUGACCCUCAUGUCCCGAGGACUGGUCAUCGCCCCGCGCCCCUGGACCGCCCAGCACAUCAUCUCAUUGGUACAGUCAGCCUCAGAUGAGCAUAUGUCCCUGGGGGAGAUCAAGGCCCUGCUCCCCCGGAGGCUGGGGGAGAGGCUGGAAGAUGUGCGGGCAGCGUUCAAGGCCCUGGACCCUGAGGGGAGCGGCUCAGUGACCCGGGGGGAGUUCAGACAGGUGGUGGAGGCCUUCCUCUUCCCCCUCACGCAGACCCAGCUCAACGCCAUGCUGGCCAAGGUGUCUAAGAGAGACAGUGUAACGGUGGACUACAUGGACUUUCUCAGGAGGUACAGCAGGGUGACUACAGCACAGAGACCCUACAGCUCUACAGCACAGAGACCCUACAGCUCUACAGCCUCCUCUACAGCACAGAGACCCUACAGCUCUACAGCACAGAGACCCUACAGCUCUACAGCCUCCUCUACAGCACAGAGACUCUACAGCUCUACAGCCUCCUCUACAGCACAGAGACCAGACAGCUACCACAGGUGUGUCUCUGGAUCAGACCAGAGGGGUAUGACCCUGACUGAGAUGCAGCAACGCCUCAAACACAAGAUUGGGAGCAACCUGAAGAAUGUAAUCCGGGCCUUUCGUCUGUUCGACUACAACCGAGACGGACAGAUCCAGCAACACGAGCUGCGCAGGAUACUGGAGAACUACUGCUUCCCCUUAUCACAGAGAGACUACCAGAGACUGUGGACCCACCACAGCCCUAACAACAUGGCAACCAUGUCCUAUAAAGUGUUCCUGGAGAAGCUGGGCCUGGAAUCUAACAAGUGCAGGAAGCUUGUCCCGGAGCCUCCAAAGCUAGCGUUGGGCUGGCAAGAAAUGAGUCCUCCAGACAAGAUAAAACUGAGGAACAGUGCCUUGUCCCAGAAUGCAACAGGAGAUACACAGGAGAUCCAAGGCCUGACUCAAGAUGAGCUGCAGACGCUCUUCCUGGAAAAGUUGUGUGUGAGCUGUACCCUAGUGUGGAGAGCACUGCAAGCAUUUGAUGUCACCCACUCUGGACUGGUGUCACAGGAAGACCUGAGGGCCGUCCUCAGCAGCUUCCUGUUCCCCAUGAGCCUCAGCACCUUCCAGAGCCUGACCUGCCGUUUUGGGGUGAGAGCAACAGGGCCUGUGAAAUGGAAACAGUUCCUGGGUCAGUUUCAGGGUCCAGUCACAGAGGAGGACUACACCACUCCUCAAACAGAGAGGGUUCCUGAGCUACCUGACGCAGAGGAGGGCCAUCGGAGUCUGACAGAGUUCUACCCUAUACUGAAGAGAGCCUUUAAACAGUUGGACAGGGGUAGGAUAGGGAGGAUCACCAGGGCAGACCUUCGUCAGGCUUUGGAAGUCCCCCAGUAUAACCUGAGGGGUCCCCAGGGCUCCUGGUCCAGCCGCAGGGAGCCCCACAUCCCCAGGCCCCGUCUGAGCCCAGCCCAGGUUAGAGAGCUCCUGAUCCUGCUGGACCCAGAGCACACUGGGGUCAUCACCCAGCCCAGCCUGGAGCUGCUCAAACCCAGGAGGGUGCACUCUUGCCCGGGGAGGGAGAAACUACACACCCCUACUGGAGGAUUGAAAGAGGAGGUCAUGGAGGAUGCGACUCAGGUGAAGGGCUUGCUGCGUGAUAAGCUGAGUGAUCAGAUAGGUCCCAUGCUGAAGGCUUUAGGGGACUGUGACCCUCGAGAGACAGGAUCUGUUCGCAAUGAAGACCUGAGAAGGAUCAUACAAUGUUACGGCCUGCCCCUCUCACACACACACUUCAACAAACUGAACUAUCAAGCCCAGAAUGCCUUGGGGAACAACAAGCCAGUGCGUUCCCCCAGCGCCACUGUGGGGGGUCCAAGGGUUCGCAUGGUGGAGAACAUUAUGUUCAGGAAGCUCAAAGAGAGGCUGGACCACAGACAUGUUACCCUCGACGACCAUAUCCGGGCAAUGGCCAGAAGCUCAGACGGAAUGCUGUCGUUGAGAGAUCUAAAGAAGAUACUGGAUGACAGCUGGAUCACCUUGGAUGAGAAGCAGUUCCGGAAGCUCAACGUAUCGCUUGGUUUCAAAGAUGGAAAAAUGUCCUGUUCGGCUUUCCUGGAUAAGUAUGAUGAGCACCAGGCCAGAGAGCAGAACCAGGCCUCGGGGGGUAACCAUGGUAACCUGCGGGCUAAGCCACGCCUCCUGACAGCGGAGGACUGCCUCGGUGUGAUCAAAGAGAAGAUCGAAAACAUCCACGGGGACAUCCUGUCAGCGUUCCGUGUGAUGGAUCAGAACUGUGACAGGGUGGUGGACAGGCAUGACUUCAGAGAGCUGUAUGACAGUCUGGGCCUGGUCACCAAGGAGAGGGAGUACCAGCGCCUGCUGCAGCUGCUGGGCCUGCAGCCUGGAGCCAACCUCAACUACCCAGAGUUCUUCACCCUCGUCCAAUCCAGCGGCAAGACCUGCAGGCAGAAUUUCAAGCCAGCCAAUGGGCCAGACCAACUGCAUGACCACCUGGUGUCCAACGCACGCCACAGAUGGACUGCUAUGUCAAAGGUGAUUUGUCGCUUUGAUGAAGAUGGUCAGGGUCUGGUCUUUAAGAAGGACCUCAGGAGUCUCCUCUAUACCUACGACCUCCCCAUCAGUCCUGAUGAGUUUGAGGAACUGUGGGCCAGGUAUGAUGGAGAAGGGCGUGGCUACCUCACCUGUGCUGCGUUCCUGGAGAAGCUGGGCGUGGAUCAACAGGAGGUGGGACAUGCGAGGAAGGAUGCAGACACCACUCCCACAGAUGGUCUCCCUGCAGGGGCUACGCUUCAGGACGUUGAGUGCUUGGUGCAGGGUAACUGUGAGGGGUUGAGCAGUGCUCUGACCCACCUGGAUAAGAAGAGAGAGGGCCUAGUCAGGGUGGAGGACCUACAGAGUCUGCUCCAGAGAUACAACUGUCCCCUACACAGACACCAGCUCACCCACCUCCUACACACACUCAAGGUUCCAAUGGACAGUGAGGACAGGACGUUGUCAUACGUGGACUUCCUGAAGGCGUUUGACCACGUGACAGGGAAGCGGUGUGAGCACCCCCCUAGGCCCUGUGGAUCCCCUGACCCAGCCGAGAGUCUGGAGUGGCUCAGUCCUGAAAGAGCUGCUGGUAGGAUACGGGAACUGGUCACUGCAUCGAUGGAUAUACUCCACAAGGCCUUCUCUGCCUUCGACAGGAGUGGGAACGGGACAGUCACCCCUCUGGAGUUCCGGCGGGUGCUGGACCAUUUUUGUGCCCGCCUCUCGGACCCCCAGUUCAGAUUCCUGCUCGACAGAAUGAAGCUGAACUGGGAGAACCACACGGUGUACUGGAGAGACUUCCUCAACCAGUUCAACCUAUGCAACCUGGACGUGUGUGAUUUGGUCUGUGUGUGUGUGGUGGGGGGUCCGUACUCUGUGUUUAUACGUAGGCCUGUGCAUGUGCAUUAUGCAUCUGUUUUUAUUUGUUGCGUGUGUAUGCAUCUGUGUGUGCAGACCCCUGAGGAUUGGUCAGACAGAGUGAGUAAGGCAGGUUUCCCCGCCCAGCCCCAGUCUCUGCCAAUCAGUGAGGAAGUUGUCUCCGCCUGCCUGUACACCAUCACCAAGGAGAUAGUGGACUUAGAACACACCCAUAAUGACACCAUCUCUAAAGAGGACUUCAGAAUGAUGUGUGACCGCCAUUUCAUGAGGCUCACCAGUAACCAGUUCGAGAGGGUGUGGGAGAAGCUGCCAGUGAAUGUGCUGGGGGAUCUGGAGUACAGGGAGUUCCUGAAGCACGCCAGUGGAGCUGUUGCGAUAAGGGACAAGACCACAGACCCAGAGGACAUCAGUCCCCUGAAAUCUGCAUCACCACCACCCCCUGGGCUCAUAGAUAUGUCACCAUCACCACCAUCCCCUGGGGCCAUAGAUAGGAUGUCAUCCUCCCCACCAGCUCUACAGAGGCCAAAGACUACAGGCAGCAACCUCCAACGCUCAAAGUCGGAGGUGGGUGUGUCCAGCAGGGCCAGACGUCCGUCCACGGCGGGGAGAGAGAAGGAGGGCCCCCUGGUGGACUGUGAGGAGGUGGAGAGGAGGCUGAAGGGGGAGGUGCAGCGCUGCUGGAGGGACAUUCAGAGGAGGUGCAGGGAGGAGGACAGAGAGAGAGACGGAGAGAUCAGCACACGCUGCUUCCUGGACAUCCUGCAAAGCCUCAAUGUCAGUGUGACCCAGAAGGAGCUUGAUCGUCUGGCCGUAAAGUUCGACAUGAGGGACAGUGGGCGCGUGUCAUAUCUUGACUUCCUACGUCACUUCCUCCUCAACUUGAAACCGCCAGCAGUCAGACAGCCCUUUGAGCGGCCCAAACUACCUCUCCCCACUACACCGAUGAGUGGGGGUGUUCUCAGUAGACAGUGUGUGGAAGCCAUGCUGAGGCUCUAUGGCCCGGUCCAGCAGUUCUGGCGCUCCUUGAGGCAAAACUUUGUUACCUUCGACCACAGCCGCAGUGGCAAAAUCUCUAUCAAGGAAUUCAGAAAGGUACUAAGGCAGUUCAGAGUGAACCUAUCUGAGGAGGAAUUCUUCCACCUCACCUCUUUCUUUGACAAGAACACUACGGGGAAGAUCUCCUACAAUGACUUCCUACAGGGCUUCCUACACUGACCUCUAACCUCUGCCCUCUAACUAUGGCCUUAUUGUAGGCUCCUGUGAAGGUUUAGCUAGUUAUCACUGAUAAAUCCGUCCAUAUUGAUCACUAUAAUUUCACUGCACCACUGAGUGAAGGAGGGAUACACAGAAUUAUUACAAAAUCAUGUCAUGUAAAUUAAAACAUAUAAAGUGAUGUAUUAUAUAAAAUAUGUAUUUGAAGGUUUUCUCCCAAUAUCUUCCCCUGGCAUGUCUACAUCUUUUUCUCCCUCUAGCAUACCGAUUUAUCUCUCCGCUGUAUGACUUUAUGAUACUGAUUGCUUUCCGAACCAAACCCAACCAAAUAAAGUGCUUUUGAAUGAUGUACGGACGCUGC